ACGAAAUACAUACGCUCGAAAAACGAAGAAAAAAAAAAAAAAAAAAAUGGACAUAAGCUCGUCCACGAAGAAUAUUCUCGGACGAGCGAAAAUGUAUCUCGCUUAUUGAGGCUAGGCGUCCUCGAAGAAGAUAAUCGGGGAGGAUAGCGUGUGUCGUAACCAGGACCAGCAUUCGACAAUAAUAAACGCGUUCGUCAUGAAAAUCUUGAUAUUCUUUCUUUACGUGACAACGUUGCUGGGCAUUGUGACCAGCGACAAGUGCGCCGUCGAGUGUUCUUGCAAGUGGAAGAGCGGGAAGCGCACAGUCGAGUGUGUAAAUCGUGCCCUGACUAGCAUACCGGAGUGGGUCGAUCCGGAGACGCAAGUGUUGGACACAAGCGGCAACGACAUUCGGACUCUACCGAGCAACAUCUUCGUACGUGUACGCUUGACGAAUCUACAGCGUCUCUACCUACGCGAGUGCCGUAUCGACCGAAUCGAUAGCGAGGCACUGGCGGGCCUUACGAAUCUGGUUGAACUCGAUUUAAGCCAUAAUCUCUUAACCGUAGUCCCUACUGCCAGUUUCUUGGAUACUCCGUUCCUCAGGGACCUUGUACUCUCCUAUAAUCCCCUCAAGAGGGUUCACUCGCACGCGUUGAAGAGUACACCGAAUUUGGUCAAGUUAGAUUUGUCCCACACGCAACUGGUUGAAAUCGAGGCGAAAGGAUUUCGUGGCUUGGAGUUGCUGGAAAGUUUAAAGUUAAACAACAAUCAAUUAUCGAUCCUUCAUCCGGGUACCUUCGAGCCAUUGAAUAAACUCACCAGUAUAGAACUACAUGACAAUCCGUGGAUUUGUGAUUGUCAUUUACGCGAAAUGAAAAUGUGGCUGGUGAAGCACAAUUUACCUACCCUUCAAGCGCCCCUUUGUCGUGGGCCGAAACAGUUAAUGAAUAGAACUUUUACCGAUUUGGGUAUCGAUGAUUUCGCUUGUCGACCAAUCCUCUUGAUAGCCAGCCGCUACGCCGAGGCGACGAUAGGUGAAAAUGCCAGUAUUGUGUGUAGAGUUAGCGCGAUACCGCCUGCAAAAGUGAAAUGGUAUUGGAAUGGACGAUUAUUGACCAACCAUUCAGCAUUUAGUAGUUACCAGAAGAUCUUGAUCUUUGAAGAUGGCCAGUUCCGGAAAAUAAGUACUCUGGUUUUGACAAACGCCCAGGAAGCGGAUUCUAGCGAGUUCUAUUGUGUAGCGGAGAAUCGUGCCGGUACCGUCGAGGCGAAUUUCACUCUUCACGUAUCUUUGAGAACUGCCGGUAUGUCUACCCUUGGUUCCGGUCAUAUAGCCGGUAUAUCCGCCGCCUUGGUAGUGCUAAUUCUCUUCAUUCUCCUCGUCAUUCUCGUGUUGUUCGUUCGUUUUCGAAGAAUGCCACUGAAGGACGUGAAAUCAGCUGUACCCGCAGAAGGUGUAUCGGGCGAUAGUACAGCUGGAAAUAACGAGAAUCCUUCGUCAGCGACAUCCACCACUCAUAGAAAACACGAGGAGAUCGAGACGACGUCGUUCGGGGUGGAAUCGAAGCCACCGCCGGUGUCCUUAACCCUGAGCUACGUUCAAAGACCUCAGGCAGCGAUGUUACAAACGGAGAAUGAGUAUGGUUCAAUUGGCCGUUUCGAUGAUCAGAGCCAACAGCCAUCUGUGAUGGUUGCGCCGGGUGCUUGUUUCUCAUCUACCACGUCGCUAAUGCCGAUCGACAAUCCCGAUCUUAUCAGGGACACGCGACGUGGCUCGGCAGAAGAUAUCACUCCGUACGGUGGGGCGGACUAUAGUCGUAUGGAAGUGGUGGACGAUGCAAAGAUCCUUUACUCGAGUUGUAUGUGGGAAGCGAGGGAUACGUGCAGAACAACGGUUCCGAUGAGCACGUACCCUUCGAAGGAAACCUUGGCUGUAGUUGCGCCUAUGGUCGAGCAAUUCCCGCCUGGCGCGAAGCAAAUAAGAGUAUGGCAGAAAGGGGUUCCGGUUUUACCGCCUGUGUCAGCGUUAAAACGUGUCCUCGGAUCAACGCGUAGCUCCCCCGACGAGGGUUAUCAAGAAGGGACUGGAACUGAUGUCUAGGUACCGCUGCUUCAUUACUGUGACGCCCGGCACCGUUACCUGGAGCUUCGUAGACGCCACCAGGACGACACUGACUGCUGAGAGAGACGUCCUGUCCAGUGCCGGACGAGCGGUAGUGAAAUGAAACAAAAAAAAUUCAUGAUUUAUUUAAUUAUUGAAACUCCGUCGCGAUGGACACGGACGUCGACCUGUCACGUGAAUUGCGUAUACAUAUAAUAUAUACACAUACCACUCGUACAUACGUAUAUAGAACGAGAGAAUGAUCGAUGAAACGGUUGAGAUGUUCCGUGGAUAUACAUAUGUGUAUAGAAAGGGUGGGAGGUACGAAAAUGGGAAGUCGUUCCGUCGACCCAAUGGAAACGAACGUCCACUUGUCGUGAGAUUUACAUAUAGUGGUCGAUGAAAUAGUUGAAGGUGUCGUCGUGACUAAUGCACGGAACACAUAAAACGAAGAAUCUGUCGAGGAUUCGAUCGAUAAAAUCGCCAUCUGCCAAUUCUCGAGAAAUAACGCCGUUCUCGACGAUCCGAGGACUUCGUUUCCAAACGUUUCGCGUUUUGUGUGUUCGACGUUUAGUACGAAGGAUAAUAAUACACGGAACGAUCAAUUCGAUCUGGCAAAAAAUAUCGUUUUGAUGGUCUUGCAGCACAAUGUUGACGGGUAAUAUAAUUUCUAUAAGAACAAUUUAAGAUACGCGAUGAGAGAGCAAAAAAAAAAAAAAGAAAUUAUGAAAAAUGAAAUAAAGAAAAAUAAGAAUUGUUUAAGAAUAUGGUAUAAACUUACCGUUUCUUAAAAUAAUGAAUACGAGAAGACUGCAGUGCAUGUUCCGAAGAAUGUGUAGAUAGAGACUGAUGUGAGAGAAUUUCUAUUUCCGUGUGUUUGGCUACCGUGUAUAUACUACGCACGUGGAUUUUCUAGUCAAUUUCGAAGAUGUAAUUAGAGGUUAGGUGAUUUGGAUAUGGUGCGAGCACGAUGACAAUACGAAAUCGAGAAUACGGCUGAUGUGCUGUUACGUAUCAUGUAUCAUCACAGUGUCCAGAAAAUUAAUUCGAGUUUUUGUCGCGCACUUAACGAUUCAACGAUCAGAUCAGAUUUUAAUUUAAUAUUAACGGUACGUACGAAUUAAGAACAUAUUACGUUUUGUCGUUUGAAAUAAGAUUGAGUAUCGAAUCGAUCGAUUUGAUCCGGAAUAACGAACGGAAACGCGACAUACGAGAGAGUCGAUAUUGUCACAUCGGAUAGUUAUUGAUGUUCGUGUUCGAGGACGAAAAUUCACGGAAACGAUAGAGCGUGAAAUAUGACGUCGGGUACACCUCUGGAUCGGUCGUUGCAAUUCUCUUGACGAUAAAUUAAUUUAUUUUGUCGCGUGUUAGAAACCGUUUAAAAUAUAUUCGCGUAACGACAUUGUCUCUUUCGAUAUCGAUUUAUCGAGUUCUUAAAAACAUUAAUAUGUCGAUGGUAAUAUCGUGUAUACAUCGAUAUAUCGAAAUUGUUAAUGCUUCAACAUUACAUAUCGUCUAUCACAUAUCGAAUAUA